AUGGGCAAAAUGGUGAUUCGGGGGAAAACCCUGAAACGGGUGCUGUCGGCAAGUUGUGCCAUCUCCUUUCUUAUGUAUGGAUAUGACGCAGGCGUACUGGGAGGAGUCCAGGAGACCAAACCGUUCUUACAUGCCAUGGGAAAUCCGACUGGAACAUACGUGGUUCCUAUGAUCGCAUCUUCCUACACACUCGCAGCUGCAAUCUGCUCGCUCGCCGUAACCAUGAUCGGAAUGCCUCUUGGCCGACGCAUGUGCAUUCUUCUCGGCAAUGGCUUCGUAAUCGUUGGUGGUUCUCUCCAGGCUUCUGCUUGGUCCGUCCCUCAUAUGAUUGUGGGAAGGAUCCUAUGUGGUUUUGGAAUUGGUUUCAUCUCGUGUUCGAUUCCAACCUUUCAAGCUGAAAUGGCAAUGGAAGACGAUCAACGUGGGCCUGACGUGGCAGUCACCUGUGUCUUCCUUGUCUCUGGCGCAGCCAUUGCAUACUGGAUCGAUUUUGGCUUUACUCGAUUGGGGAACCAGAUAUCUUGGAGACUCCCAAUUGCAGUGCAGAUAUUAUUUGCCGUUUGUGCUGGUAGCCUCACCCUUCUACUUCCAGAUACUCCAAGAUGGUACUAUGCCAAAGGCUACGAAUCACAGGGCGAUGAGACCCUCGGUCGAAUUUUCGAUACCGAAAUUACUGACGACAGAGUCAUAAAAAUGAAGGAAUCUAUUCUAGCGAGCAUCAGGCUCGAGGAGUCUGACGAGCGUCAAUUCAGAAUUCUGGACCUCGUUUGGGACCGGACAAAUCUCCGCGCGGGUCGUCGUAUUCGAAUAGCGUUUCUCGUUCUCGCCAUUCAACAGAUGAUGGGAAUCAACCUAUCUGUGUAUUACAGCACCGUCAUCUUCGCCCAGGUGGGCUUGUCCCCGUUCAUAUCACAGCUUUUGGCUGCCAUCAUGAACACUAUCUUUGCUCUCGGAACCAUCCCGACCAUUUACACUAUUGAAAGGGUGGGCCGUCGUAAGGUACUAAUGUACUCAGCUAUUGUUCUUACUAUUUGUAUGGUUAUUUUUGUGGCAAUGAUUGGGCUGCCGCAUCCCACUAAAGCAACUCAGUGGACCGCAGUUGCCGCCAUUUUUGUUUACAAUGCGGUCUUUGGUUAUGGAUGGAUCGCUGUUCCAUGGCUUUAUGGCCCAGAGAUUGCUCCCCUCCGCCUUCGCCACGUGGGUGCCGCUGCUGGCGCAUUCGGAGAGUGGAUAUUCUCAUUCAUUACCGUCUUUGCUGGAGGCAUUGCGCUGCAGAAUGUUGGCUGGAAGAUAUGGCUUUGGAUGGCGCUAUCUUGCUUUCUUGCCAUUUUCUUUGUCUAUUUCAUGUGCCCCGAGACUACCGGAAAGUCCCUUGAGGAGAUUGAUUACAUCUUCACGCAAGAAAAGAGUAGUAAUGCUAGUUCAGAGGAUGAGGUCUUCAAAGGUUCUCAAAAGGAAGAAAAAGGAAUCUCUAGUGCUGUGUGCAUUGAGCAUAGACAAUAA